GAGAUUUUUCAAAAUAACUUGGUCGAUGUUAAAUAACAGUAGGUCAAUGUUAAGUAAAAUAUUUAGACACUGUUGAGCAGCUGUUAAAAAAAACCAAUAUAACAAAUAAAAGACAUUAAAAAUAAGCAGACAUAAGAAAAAUACGUGUAUAAAUAACAAACAAUAAAUAAGAUUGCGGCUAGUUUAAAAGUAUUAAUGUAUUAAUAUACAGAAAAGACAUGCACAAAGUAAAUGCAUAGGUAUUAUGCAUAAAAGGGAAAAGAAUUGAAUGCAAUUUGUGCAGCUUGCAAUUUACAUAGAAUGACAAUCGGAGUUGAUUUUUUUAUGCUGCCGCUGAGCGCAUAAUUAAACCAAAGUACACACUGUACACUCAUACGCGUCUCAUUCACCAACUUAAUAUGGCUGGUGGGACAGCAGCGGGCUCCAUGCAACGUUUCCACACACGUUGCGGGCGCUCCAUAACAUUGUGGGAUGGGAAUCGUUCCGCCCAACGUUUGAUGCGAAAUUUCAGCCAUGCCCUUGUAUUCAGUGCCGAGCCGCUGGUGGAUGAUGUCCUCUUCGAGGUGGUCAUUGAGAAGAAGAGCCAUUCUUGGGGUGGCAGUAUUGAGAUUGGCGUCACCUCGGAGUCUCCUGAUGACUUGGAACUGGUCGCCUGUGCGACGGCAAUGCGCAACGGCACUUGGGUAAUGUCUGGCAUUGAUGUGCGAAAGGAUGGACGCCGUUUGCUUGAGUUUUAUGGCACCGAUUUGGAGACACUCAAUGAGAACGAUCGCGUUGGCGUUAUGCGCACCUCCAAUCAUGAUCUCGUUUUCUAUGUCAACGGCGAAUCGCAGGGCGUGGCCGCCAAGAACAUGCCAAAGCCGCUCUGGGCACUUGUCGAUCUCUACGGACGCUGUGUACAGGUCUCACUGUGUCCCACGGACACUAGCACCACCAUCAAUAGCAGCACAGAGCUGGAUUCGCCUUUACAACAGCCAUUGCAGCAGGUUGUCCAGAAUUUGGAUGUGCCCAUGAGUGUGGAUGUCAGUGUGGUGGAUGGCAGCAAUCUGGACGCAUUCGCUCGUCUUAACCUCAAUGGCACUGCCAGUUGCAGCUCCAGCAGUGCAGGUGCCGCUGGUGAAUACUACGAUAUAAAUGAUCGGUUGCGUUUUCACACGCGUUGCGGUUCCUUGGUUAAAUUGGUGCCCAACUUUCGCUCCGCGGAGCGUCGUCGUCCGCUGGAUGAGUUCAACAAUGGCGUUGUCAUGACACAUCGUCCGCUGCGGGACAAUGAAUUGUUUGAAAUCCGCAUUGAUAAGCUGGUGGACAAAUGGUCUGGUUCCAUUGAGGUGGGCGUCACCACGCACAAUCCGACAGUGCUGCACUUUCCAGCCACCAUGACCAAUAUGCGCAGUGGCACCAUCAUGAUGUCCGGCUGCGGCAUCCUCACAAAUGGCAAGGGAACACGUCGUCAAUAUGGCGAGUUCAAUUUGGAUGAACUGCGCGAAGGGGAUCGCGUUGGCAUGAUGCGCAAAUCCAAUGGCAAUCUACAUUAUUACAUCAAUGGUCAGGAUCAGGGCGUGGCUGCCACACGUGUUGCUGCCACUCUAUGGGGUGUCAUCGAUCUCUACGGCAUGACCAUCAAAGUGACCAUUGUGGAUCGAGAUGAACGCGAGCAACAGAAUCUGGUGACCAGGCGAAACAACAUUGUUGCCGGCAUGGCCUUGGCCUGCAGCCACGCCCAGUCCGGCACGCCCACGUUGAGUCUGCUCAGUCCGGAGAGCGAAUUGAAUGUGGCCGGUGCUGCCGGAGGUCUCAGCGAAACCAUUUCCAGCACACGCGCCAUGGCACGCAACGAUGACAGGCUAACGUUUCAUCACAUUUGUGGCAGCCAUGCCACCGUCACCCAAAGUGGACGCACUGCGUUGCGGCCCAAUGCUGCGGAUGACUUUAAUAAUGGUGUGGUGUUGACUCGACGUCCCUUGCGUCCCAAUGAGCUGUUCCAGGUGCGUCUCGAGCGUGUGGUUACCAAGUGGGCGGGCUCUGUUGAAAUGGGCGUGACCACGCACACAGCCGAUGAGCUGGACUUUCCAUUUACCAUGACAAAUGUGCGCUCCGGCACCUGGAUGAUGACUGGCAAUGGUGUCAUGCAGAAUGGCGUCACUGUCAUCGAGCAAUAUGGCCAGAAUCUGGAUCGUUUGCAAGUUGGAGAUCGUGUUGGUGUUGUCCGCAAAGAUGAUGGCACUCUGCACUUUUGGGUGAACGGUGUGGACCAAGGACCAGCUGCAACAAAUGUGCCGGAGCGUGUCUAUGGCGUCAUUGAUCUCUAUGGCCAGGCGGCACAGGCGAGCAUCAUUGACACCUCUGAGUGCGGCAGUCCGGAUACGGGCAAUUCAACCAUUUCAAAUACAACGCUAUACAGCGAAGUUCCGCUCCGUUUCCAUAGCAUUCAUGGUGCCAAUGCGGGCAUUUCCAACAGUGGAUUGACAGCAUCACGUCCCAAUUCUUUGGCGGAGUUUAAUGAUGCAAUUGUGUUUAGUAAUCGACCAUUGCGAAAUCGCGAGCUCUUCGAGGUGGAGCUGGAGACUAUGGUUCGACAUUGGUCUGGGAAUAUUGAAAUUGGUGUGACGGGCACACGUCCCGAGGACAUACAGUUGGCGCCCAAUGCGACGGAUUUGGAGGCGAGUGAUACCAUCAUUCUGUGUGGUCCCAUGAUCUUCCACAAUCGCAAAACCAUACGCACCAACGUGCUCAUCGAUUUGGACACACUUGGCACGGGAACACGCGUUGGCGUCAUGCGUAACGGCGACUAUAUACACUUCUUUGUGGAUGGCAUGGAUCAGGGACCGGCUGGUGAAUGCCAUGCGCCCAACAUUUGGGCCAUCAUUGAUCUCUACGGGCAGUGCGCACAGGUUAGCCUGACCCAAACCCAACUGGACAUACGUGCUCCGUAUGCCACCAGCGAGAAUUCUCAGAGCUGCCAGGCCACAUCUGUUAUCCAGCAUCCGGCACUGGAGACUAAACAUCGCUGGACUUGCGUUUCGGGCAGCGUUAGCCUGACCAAGGAUUGGACAGAGGCAUCUCGUUUCACUGGCUCCACGGCAGCGCUGUCGCAUUGUCUGGUCUUCUCAGAGCAUCCAUUGAGCGUUGGUUCACCCUUUGAAAUCAAGCUGACCUCCAUCAAUCCCAUGUUUGCCGGCUGCCUCAGUAUUGGCAUCACAGAUCUCAAUUUGGCGGAUGAGAGUGUGCGAAAGAAGCUGCCCACCAGCCUGAAGCGCAUUCCAGCCAAUGUCUGGUAUGUGAGUGGAAAUGAAGUGCGCUACAACUCCAGCUGCCUUCAACGAUCCCUGGCAUCCCUUGAAUGGCUGCGCGUCGACGAUCGCAUUACGUUGGAGCGUGUGGAGAACUCGUUGAAUAUUCUGUUAAACUCGGAGAAUGUUAACAUACAGUUCCAUAAUAUACCCAACGAUGUGUAUGUUGUGGCCGAGCUGCUGGGCUCCACAAUGGCCGUACAGGUUAUUUCGACCCAGGGCCCAGCGUCGCCAUUGCGUCCCUGCAGUCUGCGUCUGCAGGAUUCCAUGGACUUUGGCAUGGAUCCGCUGAACAAACAGGAUAGCUCCAUGCUGGAAUCUAUUGAUUCAGAGGCACAAAACUAUGAGUUUAUUGAUGUGUCCAAUAAGCAUGUGCGACUUACCGAUGACCGACGCAGUGCCUCGAGGAGCAAGUCCUUUAACCAGGCCAUAGUCUGUCUAAACAAGCCACUGUGCAAGGGCGAUAGCAUCAGCAUCAAAGUGGACGCAAUCAACAACAAAUGGAAGGGUACACUAAGCUUGGGUGUCUUGGCCACGUGUCCACAGGCAAUGUCUAUCCCCAUAUCGCUGCUCAACUGCAAGCGCAGCUGUUGGCUGGCCACACAUGACUACAUCAACAUCAAUGGCCAGGUGAUGGCAUCCAAAUAUGGAGAGGCACUCGAUAACAUCCAGGUGGGCACUGUGAUUACCAUGACGCUGACACACGCCGGCAUGUUGAUCAUCAUGGUUGGUUCUACAAAUCUGGAGGAUUUGGCCAGUAGCUUGCCUGGUCAUGUGUAUCCCAUUUUCGAUGUCUAUGGAAAAUGCGAGAAAAUAACUUUGUUGACAGGCAGCGAUGCUACGCGAAAUGCCAAUGGCACUCCCAUUUUGGAGGCACCCGAGGCAUUGGAGCUGGACAAUAUGCCGCAGCAGUGUGAGAAAGCACAUCUGGAAAUGCACGAGAAGGAGAAGGAUACGGAGCAGCUGAGCGAUAGUGCCAGAGAGUUGCCCACAGGCGCCUCGACAUCCGCAACGGGCAAUCUCAUGACACGUUCGGUUAUGGAAAGCGUUUCGGAGAAUCUGCUGCUAAACAUUUCCAUUAAGAAUCGCACAUUAGAGCAACAGCGCAAUGAACUGGGAGGUUCCUCAUCAACUUGCUGCUUGCGUGAGUCUCUGCAGCUGCAGCACAACACAAAUCUCAAUAUACAGCGUAGUCAGAGCACGCAUCGAUUCCAGAACUCAUUGAAUACUUCAACGGGUGGAGGAGCCAGCAGUUCCAAUGCCACAGGACAGAUGCAUGGAUCAAGCGGCGUUUACGAUACGAACAAGGAGUAUGAUGAGCAGCCACUGUGUUCCAAUGUAGUUGCACCAACAAUGAUAGCUUCACACGAGUCGGAGCACAGCGAGAACAAUGUUGAGGCGGUGGUGGAGAUCACCAGCGAAAGGGAACGUGAACGCGAACGUGAGCGAGAAUUGUCAAGCGAAUCCGGCGACAAUGUGCUGGAGGAUGAUGAAAUCGAUUAUAUGAAUCAUUUAUUGCUGCUGCAACAAUUGCAACAGAAUGAAUACACACGAAUGCAACAUCAUUUGAUGCCGGAUCAAAUGUCGCUGCUUAACCUGGAUCUCUCCUCGCUCAACUCUGUGGAAUCGGACACCAAUUCCAGCAGCAAUGCCCGGGAAUCGUUACGUUCAGCGGCAGCUGCAGCCGGAGCAUUGGAACAAAAUGAUUGCGAGUAUCUGAAGCAGGUGAAACGCUUCUGUGCUUCCCUGGUGCUGCCACAGGCCUUCUUCGAUGCCCGACUGGAGCCGAUUUGCUUCUGCUCCAAGUGCAGCGGCAACAUCAACGGCAACGGCGACAAACUGGAGGGCUGGGUGUACUUUAAGCUCAACCAGCAGACGGUGAAUGCGCUGAGCUCAUCCACUUCAUCCGCUGCUGGGUCUUCAGCGGCACAAGUGCACUUGGAUCUUAAUGGUGACUGGCUGCCAUUUUAUUAUAUGACACGUGUGGACAAAAUACGUGCCAUAUUGGAUCGUGGUCAACCGCUGCCGUUAGAAAUGGACGAGGAUGCGGUCGCAGCUACGCACAAAGAUGAGCCAGGCACACGCCUUGAGCUCUAUUAUUCUCCCAAUGCUACAGUCAUUGAGCCGGUGCUCCCACAGCAUCAUUAUGUCUCCGAGCAGGGCGUCCAUCGUAUUUCCACUUCGUUUGAGGUCUACGUACGACGUCAGUCCAUCUCUGGCGUCACAACGGGCAAAACAGGCGGCGAGGGCAAACGUCGCAGCAUGCAUACGACCGAGCAUGAAGCAAACAACGAUGCUGGUUCGGGUGGCGCCUCUGGCGGUGGCAACAGCGGUGCUGGCACCUUAAACGAAUCCUCUCUCCAUCUGCUCAACGAUCUGUGCUGGUUUACCAAAGAGGCAGGCGCCUGCAUCAUAAAUGCAUUAAUUAUUAAAUUGGAUCGCAUUGAGGAGGCCUCAAGCGAUCCCUAAAUCUAGAUAAAUACACACAGAUAAAAAUAUUCUCACUAGUCACCAGCUUGCAGCCGCAUUUCCUAUUUAUCUCGAAAAUAUAAUAACAACCACGCACCGCUUACCCCUCACUCGCAUUCCCAUUUCCAUUCCCCCCUUUAUAAGUCAAAACAUGUUUUGUAUUGUAAGUGCAAAUGAAUAUCCAAAUAUAAUCUCAUUGUUUUGCAUAGUGUCAAGUGAA